CGCCCCCCGCGGCCGGAGCCUGUGAGCCCGCGAGCCAGCGAGCUGCGGCCGCGGCCUCCACUGCUCGCGGUGACCCCGGCGUCCCGGUCCGCGGCCCCGCAGAUCCCGGGGCCCGCGCCCCUCCGGGGCAGGGAUGCAUCAUGGCCACGCUGGCUUGCCGGGUGCAGUUUUUGGACGAUACGGACCCUUUCAACAGCACCAACUUCCCCGAGCCCAGCCGCCCGCCGCUGUUCACGUUCCGCGAGGACCUCGCGCUCGGUACCCAGCUGGCCGGGGUCCACCGGCUGCUGCGGGCGCCACACAAGCUGGAUGACUGCACGCUGCAGCUCUCCCACAACGGCACCUACCUGGACUUGGAGGCCACCCUGGCCGAGCAACGGGACGAGUUAGAAGGCUUCCAGGAUGACGCUGGGCGGGGCAAGAAGCACAGCAUCAUCCUAAGGACACAGCUGUCUGUGAGGGUCCAUGCCUGCAUCGAAAAACUGUACAACUCCAGUGGACGAGAUUUAAGAAGGGCCCUUUUCUCCCUGAAGCAGAUAUUUCAGGAUGACAAGAAUUUGGUGCAUGAAUUUGUAGUGGCUGAAGGUCUGACGUGUUUGAUCAAGGUGGGAGCGGAGGCAGAUCAAAACUAUCAGAACUACAUUCUGAGGGCUUUGGGCCAGAUUAUGUUGUAUGUGGAUGGGAUGAAUGGAGUAAUAAACCACAAUGAAACCAUUCAGUGGCUGUACACGCUCAUUGGGUCAAAGUUCCGCCUGGUGGUGAAGACAGCCCUGAAGCUGCUGCUGGUCUUUGUGGAGUACUCGGAGUCCAAUGCACCUCUUCUGAUUCAGGCCGUCUCUGCUGUGGACACAAAAAGGGGAGUCAAACCUUGGUCAAAUAUCAUGGAAAUCCUGGAGGAAAAGGAUGGAGUCGACACGGAGUUGCUGGUUUAUGCAAUGACUUUAGUGAACAAGACCUUGUCAGGAUUGCCAGACCAAGACACCUUCUACGAUGUGGUGGACUGCCUGGAGGAGCUGGGCAUUGCAGCUGUGUCCCAGCGGCACUUGACCAAGAAAGGGACUGACCUGGACUUAGUGGAGCAAUUGAACAUCUAUGAGGUGGCACUCAGGCUCGAGGAUGGCGACGAGACGGCUGAACCACCCCCCAGCGGGUGCCGGGACCGGAGGAGGGCCAGCGUGUGCUCCGGCGCGGGCGGCGAGCACCAGGGCCUGGACCGCAGGCGGAGCCGCAGGCACUCGGUGCAGAGCAUCAAGAGUCCUCUGUCGCCUCCGUCCAGCCCCUGCUCCCCGUCGGCUCCCGACUUCAAGGCCAGUCAAGUGCGAGAUCUCCGUGAAAACGUCGAGGCCAGCCCUGCCUCAGAGCAGGUCCCCACCGGAAAGGAUGCUGCGCCCGAGAGUCCGGCCCUCCCCGCGGCCUCCAGUGCCUCCUCACCGGGAAAGCAGCUCCCGGCCGGCAGUGCAGCGGACACCGCCUUGCGCGGAGGGUCCUCAGGGCCUGUCCUGCGGGCGCCCUCCACGCCCUCCCCGGCUUCUCAGCCCUUCCGCGCCGCACCCGGCCCCACAAAGGCGUCACCGACCGUAGAAAAGCUGCCCUAUGUGCUUCACAGCCCCUUCCACCUCUUCUCCUAUGACUUUGAGGAUUCGCCCUUGUCCACCAAGGAAAAGGAAGCCGAAUCCCAGCAGGAAAGCAGAUACAGCAACUUUGGCAACAACUCUCAUCACUCCUCGAGGCCUUCGUCUGGAUCCAAUGUGCCCAUCACCCUCACGUCACCUCUUUUACCUCCACAGGAGGCUGGGCUGGAAAGGUCAUCACUGAGUGGUCUUCUCACGUCAUCCUUUAGGCAGCACCAAGAGUCCUUGGCGGCAGAGAGAGAGAGGCGGCGACAGGAGAGAGAAGAAAGGUUGCAGAGAAUAGAACGGGAGGAAAGAAACAAAUUCAGCCGAGAAUAUUUAGACAAAAGAGAAGAGCAAAGACAAGCAAGAGAAGAAAGAUACAAAUACUUGGAGCAGUUGGCAGCUGAGGCGCAUGAGAAGGAACUGAGAAGCCGGAGUGUGAGCCGGGGCAGAGCUGACCUCUCCUUGGACCUGACCUCACCGGCAGCCCCUGCCUCACCCACCCCCCUGAGCCGUUGCCCUUCAUCUCUAGACUCGCAAGAGGCUCUCACGGUAUCAUCUUCCUCCCCAGGAACAGUUCAGCAUCCCCAAGUGAGCACCGGGGAUCCUGAGCCCGAACCAGAGGCAGAAGCAGCGGCGGAGGCAGAGGUGGGACGGGUGGCCGAUGAGGCCAGCCGGGAACUAGCCCCUGCGCACGCAGCAGCAGAGAGCGAGGUGGGGCGGGCCCUGGAGCCAGAGGCUGAAGAGCGAGCCUCCCUGAGCGAGAAGGAACAGCAGAACGAGGCAGUGAACGAGCGGGACAACUGCUCGGCCUCCAGCGUCUCAUCCUCCAGCAGCACGUUGGAGAGGGAGGACAAGGAGGACAAGCUCUCUCGGGACAGGGGGACCGGUUUGUGGUCUGCGGGUGUUCAGGAUGCCGGUGUAAAUGAGCAGUGUGGCGACAUCCUUACCAGCAAACGGUUCAUGCUGGACAUGCUGUAUGCCCAUAACAGAAAGCCCACGGAUGAUGAGGAGCAGGGGGAGGGCGAGACCACGAGGACCGCGCAGGAGGCGGAGGCCGUAGCCAGCCUGGCCAGCCGGAUAUCCACCCUGCAGGCCAACUCUCUGGCCCAGGAUGAGAGCGUCAGGAGGGUGGACGUUGGCUGUCUGGACAAUCGGGGCAGCGUGAAAGCCUUUGCUGAGAAAUUCAACAGCGGGGACCUAGGGAGAGGGUCCAUCUCCCCUGACGCCGAGCCCAAUGACAAGGUCACGGAGAAGGUGUCGGCACAGCCCAAGACAGAAUCUGACUACAUCUGGGACCAGCUCAUGGCCAAUCCGCGGGAGCUCAGAAUCCAAGACAUGGAUUUCACUGACCUGGGGGAGGAGGAUGACAUCGACGUCCUGGACGUGGACCUGGGUCACAGGGAGGCCCCGGGGCCGCCUCCCCCACCCCCGCCCACCUUUCUAGGUUUGCCGCCCCCUCCCCCCCCGCCCCUGCUGGACGGCGUGCCUCCCCCUCCAGUCCCCGGUAAUUUAUUGGCUCCUCCUCCAGUAUUCAGUGCUCCUCAGGGCUUAGGGUGGCCCCAGGUACCCAGGGGUCAGCCAGCAUUCACCAAGAAAAAGAAGACCAUCCGUCUGUUCUGGAAUGAAGUGCGGCCUUUUGAGUGGCCAUGUAAGAACAACGGCCGCUGCAGAGAAUUCCUGUGGUCGAAACUGGAACCUAUUAAGGUGGACACUUCCAAGCUGGAGCACCUGUUUGAGUCUAAAUCGAAGGAACUGGCCGUCUCCAAGAAAACUGCUGCAGAUGGAAAAAAGCAGGAGAUCAUCGUCCUGGAUUCCAAGAGGAGCAAUGCUAUUAAUAUUGGUCUGACGGUACUGCCCCCUCCAAGAACGAUUAAGAUAGCCAUUUUGAAUUUUGAUGAAUAUGCCUUAAACAAAGAAGGGAUUGAGAAAAUUCUAACCAUGAUUCCCACCGAAGAAGAGAAGCAGAAAAUCCAGGAAGCGCAGCUGGCCAACCCUGAGGUGCCCCUGGGCAGUGCAGAGCAGUUCCUCCUUACACUCUGCUCCAUCAGUGAACUCUCAGCUCGGCUCCACCUCUGGGCAUUCAAAAUGGAUUAUGAAACUACAGAAAAGGAAGUGGCAGAACCACUUUUGGACCUGAAGGAAGGAAUAGACCAGUUGGAGAACAAUAAAACCUUGGGCUUUAUCCUGUCUACUCUCUUAGCCAUUGGGAACUUUCUAAAUGGAACUAAUGCCAAAGCGUUUGAGUUAAGCUACCUCGAGAAGGUUCCAGAAGUCAAAGACACCGUGCACAAGCAGUCACUUCUCCACCACGUGUGCACCAUGGUGGUGGAAAACUUCCCGGACAGCUCUGAUCUGUACUCAGAGAUUGGGGCCGUCACCAGGUCAGCCAAGGUUGACUUUGAUCAACUUCAGGAUAAUUUAUGUCAGAUGGAAAGACGAUGCAAAGCUUCAUGGGAUCACCUCAAGGCAAUUGCAAAACAUGAAAUGAAACCAGUUUUAAAACAACGAAUGUCAGAGUUCCUAAAAGACUGUGCAGAGAGAAUUAUAAUUUUAAAGAUUGUCCAUAGAAGAAUAAUUAACAGGUUCCACUCCUUUCUGCUCUUUAUGGGUCACCCACCUUAUGCGAUUCGGGAAGUGAACAUAAACAAGUUCUGCAGGAUCAUCAGUGAGUUUGCACUGGAGUAUCGCACCACCAGGGAAAGAGUUUUGCAGCAGAAACAGAAACGGGCCAACCACAGAGAGAGAAAUAAGACCCGAGGGAAGAUGAUCACUGAUUCUGGCAAGUUCUCCAGCGGUUCCCCGGCGCCCCUGAGCCAGCCACAAGGCCUGAGCUAUGCGGAGGAUGCUGCCGAGCACGAGAACAUGAAGGCUGUGCUGAAAACCUCGUCCCCUGCCUUGGAGGACGCCACCCCCGUGCUGGGCGUCCGCACACGCAGCCGGGCAAGCCGAGGACCCGCUAGUUCGUGGACUAUGGGAAUGGAUGACUCGCCUAAUGUCACGGAUGAUGCUGCUGAUGAGAUCAUGGACCGUAUCGUCAAGUCAGCCACCCAAGUGCCCAGUCAGCGAGUGGUGCCGCGGGAGAGGAAGCGCUCCCGGGCCAACCGGAAGUCUCUGCGGAGGACCCUGAAGAGUGGCCUGACUCCGGAAGAAGCCAGGGCCCUGGGCCUGGUGGGCACCUCAGAGCUGCAGCUGUGACCCCCUGGUGCCCUAAGGUGGGUGCCCAUACAGAGUGCAAGCUCCUGCUGGAAGGAACCCCUCUGGUGGGAGGUGAGGAGGCUCUGACCCCCAAAGGCUCUGAAAGGGGUGCCCAUGCCUAGGUGUCACCGAGUGACUUGCGUAGCCCGCUGUGCACUGACAUGGAUCUUGGAGUCCCCUUCACAGACUUUCUUCAUCAUGUCAGCUGUGUUUCUCUUGUUUCCUUGACACCUGGCUUAGUAGUUCCAAAGCGUGACACCUUUUCUGUGCAAGGAACAGCCCUUUUAAGGAGCAAAUCACUUCUGUCACAGUUACUAUGGUCAUGAGGCAGUUUGAUUAGGUUCACAGACUGGGUCUCUCCAUAACACCAAAAUAUCCAGAUGUAAACUCCAAAAUUGUACACAAAAGAAAGCACAGAUUGUUUACCAGUUGUGGAUUUUAGAUGUACUAAAUGUUUAUACAAAUUCAGAAA